GCCGGGGCUCUCUGCUCUGCUACCGGCGCUCCCCGCUCCGCGCCGUGCGGGAUGCCGCGGGAGGCCGAGCGCCCCGCAUGGAGGGGCCGCCGCGGCCGCCGCCCCAGGCUCCUGAGGAUGCUGCCGGCUGCCCUGCACCUCCCUGCGUGAGCCAGCAGAGGAUGGAAGCGACCAGCAUCAGCUGGGCCAAGGACCCCUCACCAGGUGCUGGGAGGUCACCCCCCUGAAGAUGGGAGUUACAAAUGGGCUUGUGAAACGCACCUGUGGCACAGGCACCUGUGCCGCCAGACUUGUCGGGCAGUAGUCCAGGGCCACCGCAGGACAGGCAGACUUCAGCCACAGCAGCUCAUCCUGUGAACUCCUCUGAAACCGCGGGUGGAAAAGCUUCCCUCCUCUUCCCGUGAAUGACGGCGGCGGGCGCCCCUGCCCAGCGGCGGGGUGGGCGGCAGCCCCGCUCGGAGCCCUGCAGCUCUGCCUGUCCCCGGGGACAAAUGCCAGCUGCCCGGCUCUCCUGCGGAGCCCCGGGAGCAGCCCGUGAGGCACCAGCACCGAUAGCUCCCGUGCGGGCCGCGGGCGCUCCGGGACGGCUGCGGUGACAGGAGUGACAGGCCGCGGCCUGCAGCAGCCGGGGGGCUCGUCGUCGGCUGCGGAGCCCCGGGCUGCUGCUCUGGACCUUACUCCUCUUCCCUACCGGAUGCUGGUUGCCUGUCCAAAAGCUGCUGCUCAUGCAGCCUCCUAGAGUGCGAUGGCGAAGGGUCUGCAGGGCUUCUCGUGGACCGUGCUGCUGCUGUUCUGUGCCGUGCAGGAGCUGGGGGCCUGGGCCGCGGUGGAGGGCGCAGGCCCGGGGCAGCCAGGGCCCCCUGCGCUGCUGGCCAGCGGGCGAGUGAAGCGUGGCUGGGUCUGGAACCAGUUCUUUGUGGUGGAGGAGUACACAGGCACGGAGCCGCUGUAUGUGGGGAAGAUCCACUCGGACUCAGAUGAGGGGGACGGCUCCAUCAAGUACACUAUCUCCGGGGAGGGCGCAGGGACUAUCUUCCUCAUUGAUGAGAUCACAGGUGACAUCCAUGCCACCGAGCGCCUGGACCGGGAGCAGAAAACCUUCUAUACACUGCGGGCUCAGGCCCGUGACCGGCAGACGGACCAGCUGCUGGAGCCAGAGUCAGAGUUCAUCAUCAAGGUGCAGGACAUCAAUGACAGCGAGCCCCGGUUCCUGGAGGGGCCCUACAUCGGCAGCGUGGCUGAGCUGUCCCCUGUCGGCACCUCUGUGAUGCAGGUGAUGGCCUCUGACGCUGAUGACCCCACCUACGGGAGCAGUGCCCGGGUAGUCUACAGCGUGCUGGAGGGCGAGCAGCACUUCACUGUGGACAGUAAAACAGGUGUGAUCCGCACGGCCGUGGCUGACCUGGACCGCGAGACGCAGGACCGCUACGAGGUGGUGAUCCGCGCCACGGACAUGGCGGGACAGCUGGGUGGCCUGUCUGGAUCCACCACCGUCACCAUCGUCGUCACCGAUGUCAAUGACAACCCCCCGCGCUUCCCGCAGAAGAUGUAUCAGUUCAGCAUUGUUGAAACUGCCCCUGUGGGCACUGCCAUCGGGAGGGUGAAGGCAGAGGACUCUGACGUUGGGGAGAACACAGACAUGACAUAUCAGGUGAAGGAUGAGGAAGGGGUGGAGAUGUUCAAAGUCACCACGGACAGCAAUACCCAAGAGGCUGUCAUCACGGUACAGAAGCCUCUCGACUAUGAGUCGAAGAAAGUGCACACUGUCGUGGUGGAGGCCCUCAACAAGUUUGUGGACCCACGAUUUGUGGACCUGGGCACCUUCCGGGACCAGACCAUUGUGAGGGUCUCAGUGCUGGACGUCGAUGAGCCCCCUGAGUUCCGGCCCCCCUCCAACUUGAUGGAGGUCCAGGAGGACGCACAUGUUGGCUCUGUCGUGGGGGUGGUCACUGCCCUUGACCCAGACACAGCAAACCAUCCUGUCCGGUACGCCAUCGACCGCAGCACGGACACCGAGAGGAUGUUUGACAUUGAUGCCAACACAGGGGCCAUUGUGACAGGAAAGGUGCUGGACCGGGAGACAGCAGGGUGGCACAACAUCACUGUCCUGGCGAUGGAGGAAGAUAAUCACUCACAGGUGUCUAGAGCCUCUCUCCGUAUCCGUAUCCUGGAUGUGAAUGACAACCCACCUGAGCUCGCCACCCCUUAUGAAGCUGCUGUGUGUGAGGAUGCCAAGCCAGGCCAGCUGAUCCAGACAAUAAGCGUUGUGGACCGUGACGAGCCUCAGAGUGGUCAUCAUUUCUACUUCACACUGGCACCUGAAGCCACCAACAACCACCAUUUUUCUCUGCUGGAUAUUAAGGACAACACUGCUGCAGUGCACACUCAGAGAAUGGGCUUCAAUCGGCAGGAGCAGGAUGUGUACUUGCUCCCCAUUCUGGUGGUGGACAGCGGCCCCCCGGCCCUCAGCAGCACGGGGACACUGACCAUCCGCAUCUGCGGCUGCGACAGCAGCGGGGCCAUCCAGUCCUGCAACAGCACAGCCUACGUAGUGUCAGCCACACUGAGCCCUGGGGCCCUCAUCGCGCUGCUGGUGUGCAUCCUCAUCCUGGUCGAAUCCAUCCAUUUGUCCAGCUGUACGUCCAUCCCUCUGUCCCUCCUGUCUCUGCCAUUAUGCUGCACGGGAAAGGAAUCUCCUGAUCCACACCGGAGCCCCUGCAAACAUCUCCCAGCCAGUGACACAGCACAGCUGCUCCUCGUGCUGGUCCUUUUGAUCCUCACCCUGAAGCGGCACCACAAAAACCACCUCACAGCCGAGGACGAUGAGGACAUGAGAGACAAUGUCAUCAAAUACAAUGAUGAAGGGGGUGGCGAGCAGGACACAGAGGCCUAUGACAUGUCAGCCCUGCGCAGCCUCUACGACUUCAGUGAGAUCAAGGGUGGAGAUGGAGGUGGGGGGCUGGGAGAGGGGGGCCUGAGUGGAAACCCGGCCUCCGAGCUCCACACUCUCCCGCAGUGGGUGCAGAGCCCAGACCUGGACUUCUCCGUGUUCAGAGACUAUAUCUGCAAGAAGGUGGAGCAGGCAGAUGAGGACCUUUCCGUGCCACCCUAUGACUCAUUCCAGACCUACGCCUUUGAGGGCUCAGGCUCGCCCGUGCCCUCCCUGAGCUCCAUCAACACCUGGUCCAGUGGCUCAGAGCAGGACUUCUCCUACCUGGGGGGCUGGGGGCCACGUUUUCGGCAGCUGGCAGCGCUCUAUGCCGGGCGCAGGGGUGAGGAGGACAGCGAGGAAUCGUAGCUGUCCCACCAGGCCUCGCCAGGCUCCUGGCACCUCCUGCACUGGGGCUCUGCCACGAGGUGCUAUGCAGGGACAGUGUGUGCCUCCAGCUGAGCUCCGCAGCUGCUGGACACUGUGCUGUGGGGCUGGGGAUCGCCAGCGAUGUGCUUCUGCUCAGCUGCUCCUUGCUGGGGAGCCUCCACCCGCAGGGCCAGGCUGGAGUGCCCAAAGGAGCCAGGAUGUGGCCAUCCUCAUCUCCUUAAUACCAGUCUCCGAUAAAGCACUAGGCAUUAAGAAAGAGAAAAUCUAAUUAAAGAGAGUUUGGAGAGGGGGGUUUUCCCCCACGAAUUAUCAUUUAAAUAGAUCUGUGCUGCUAGCCCAGUUCAGGAGAAGAGCAAACCGGGAGCCUUUUGUUGUCUAAAUUGUUUUUGUCACUUGAGUCAGAGCAUUUGAAGUGCUUUGGUUUCUCUAAGAGCUUUCCUUGCAGAGGGAAACAAGCCUUUAACUUCUGUUCAGUUUUUUCCCUCUUCUGUUUGUUUGCUUUUUGGAGUCCUCCUCUCUCUGUGGGCUCCUGGUCGGAGGGAGCGGGAGUGUUGGUAUGUGUGUGCUGGGUGUGGGGUCCAGACUGCUGGAUGUGGACUGCUGCACCAGAGUUCACUGCAGAGCACACCUCAUCCCUAAGCUGCAACUGCUUCGCCUCCCAGCUCUUCCUCGUGGUUAUCAAAGAUGCUCAUGAUUUGAAGGGGCUCUCUCCCUCCCUGCACAGCGGAUGUUGCCUGCGAGGUCCUGAUGUGCCCCAUGGCCCUGGGGAUGGACAGGACAUUCCACCUACUGCCCUGGUACUGUGCUGUGGCCCAAGACACAGAGCAGCCCUGGUGCUGGGCAGUGCUUUGGGGGGGUUCUGGGUGGGCUCUGCCAGCCCCUUGGGGCAGACUGGGCCUGGCUCUGCAGGACCUCACCCAACCACCAGCUUCCUACCAAAGGGUGAGAGCUGCAGAGGGCAGGACCUCAGGGCACCCUGGCCUGCAGUGGUGGGGGAGAGCUGUGUCCCAGCUCGAGGACCCCAGCCCUUUCGUUUGGAGGGAUCAUUCCUGCUUAAACCCUGCUGAAAGCAAAGCGUCACCAUUGGUGACAGAAAAGCCAUCCCCAGGACAUGUGCAUGAGGCCAAAUCUUGGUGGCACUGCUGCACAGCCGAGCUGGUUGCUGCAAGCUGGGCAGCAGGUCUGUGGCAUCUCAGGGUACCUGGGGUGUCCCCACCCCAGCACAGUGCCCUGCAAGAAACCAGGCUGAGCUCCUGCAGUGGGGGCUGCCUUUGCACAAACUCUGGUUUGUCAGGAGGCAGGUGAGGACAGGACUGGCGGGAUGUGCCAUCGCUUCCUGGGCUGCAGGUGAUGCUGGAGAAAUGUGCUCAGUGCCCUGCACCUUCCCAGCCUCCCAGCUCCCCUCAGGAUAAGCUGAGCAGUGCAUUGAGCAGCACCCGCAGGCAGCUGCUCAGGCUGUGCUGGGGAGUGCAGCUCCUUCUCUGUGCAUGUUGGGAGAAAGCCCAAUUAUAUCAUUGGUAGGUAACUGAUAAGGUCUCCCAAGGUCUGACACAUCCUGGGCUUCUCAUUGGGUUUGUCCUUUUAGUUUAGCCACAGUGUUUUUUCUCCCUGGUGGUUUAACUGUAAAUGUACAUGUUUGUCCAUUUUUUACUGUAUCUUGCUCCCUGGCUGCUGUGUUGGUCCUUUGGCUGCAGCGACCUGACAGUGGAGAGAGGUAGGAUGUGUCUUUGCCAUGGCUCCUGCCCAUGGUCACUCCUUCCUGUGGCCACCAGGUAAGCCCAUGCGGGAGCUGCAGCUCGGCGUUCAUGCCGGGCCCGGGUGCUGCUCCCUUCUCGGGGUCUCUCCAGGCCCCCCAGGGAGGCAGCGGGUGCCCGCUGUGCUGCUGGUUCACUGUGAUGAUGCUGAGGAAGCCGUGGGGCCAAGUGGCUGCUUCACGCUGGCUGUCGAGUGCUGGCUCUGGGCACGUGGCCUCAGGCAGGGGCUGCCCCAGAGCAGGAGCAUGGAGAAAGCCCUCUCUUUCCUCAGGAACGUGUUUGCAUUUUCCCUCGGGUCUGAAGAGCUGUGCCCAAGCCCCUCUGGAGCUGGCCCUUCCUCUAGCAAAAAUGUUGUGCAAUAGCAGGGCUCUGUCCGUAGGAGAUGGGGUCUGACAGGGUAUAUGUUUAGCACCCCUCGCCCUCCUCACCUCCCCAGCGCGCAUGCUCGCCCGCCUUCCCGUUCCUGCCCCACGCGGCGCUGCGGGUGCCAAGAGCUGGCGGUGCCUGCCCCGCACGCGGCAGGAGGAGCUGGCGGCUGCCACGGUGUCUGGUGGUCACUUUGGUUUUCUUUCUCUACCCAAAUAAAUCAUGAGGUUGAUUUCCUUACCCUUGUUAUUUUUUCAAGGUCUUUCUAGGACCUGGAAGUAAAUUAUUUCCUUGUGGUCUA